UUUCAGGAGGAGAUAGAGCACAGACCUCAGACACAAGAUGACAAUAUUAUGGAUUACAGUGGUGCUUUUUCCAAAAAUAAUUUCUGCACAAGUAAACCGCAUCCAUCAGCCAAACCAGGUGAUCACUGCUGCUGCUGGUGAAAACGUAACUCUACAAUGCUUUAUGCUCGAAGAACAAAACAUUGAUCCCAUAGUUUGGUACAAGCAAGCAGCAGGAUGUGAGCCUUCUUUAGUGGUCAUAGUGCAGAAAUUACAGGAUCCCAUGUACAGCAAGGAAUUAAAUUCCACAAGGUUUAAAAUCGUAAAGGAAGAGAAGAGCUGUCAUUUGAAAAUAUUCAAUGUGGAAGAAUCAGAUGAGGCCGUGUAUUACUGCGGCUUAGUUGCAUUUUUAACUGUAUUUGCCAAAGGAACUUUUUUAUCAGUGAAUAAUAAACCCGAAUUUAAAGUCUCAGUGUUCCAGAGCAGUGUAUCAGACUCGGUUCCUGCAGGAGCAUCAGUGACUCUGCAGUGUUCGGUUCUCUCUGAGAGCAGAGCAGCAGAACUCCAAGUGCUCUGGUUCAGAGCUGCUCCAUCACAAUCCCAUCCUCAAAUCAUUUACACUCAUCACAACAGCAGCCUUCAGUGUGAGAGUGAAUCUUCUACACACACCUGUGUGUACAACUUGACCAAGAACAUCUUCAGCCUCAAUGAUACUGGUACUUACUACUGCGCUGUGGCCCUGUGUGGGAAGAUCAUUUUCGGGAACGGGACACAAGUACAGCUGGAGAAUUGUGCAACGACUUCUAAUCCUGUAGUGAUGUGUCUGGGAGCAAUGUUGUAAUGUGUGUGAUUCUGAUCUCUGUUCAAACUGUAUUACUGUGUAAGAGGAAAAACUCUCAGCAAUAUGGAAACAGAAUUCAGCAUGGUGCUGCAAUAAACAUUGAGAACUCCAACAGUCAGGGCCCUGGUGCUGUAGAGCUCACUUACACUGCCUUACAUUUUAAUGACAGGAAAACUAAAAGUGCAAAAGAAAACCGAGGUCGAUCUCACGACAUUGUGUACUCUGAAGUGAAACAUUUCUCCAUUGGUCACUAAAAUCAUUUGUAAUAUUAUUCUGUUUUUGAAAUUGUUAGUAUUGUUUAUAUAUUUUAUUGUUUCUGAGACAAAGGUUGAAGGUUUUGAAUAUUAUAAAAUCUUACUGAUUUUGAAUAUUAAUAUCUGUCUCUGUUGUUCUGUGGGGGGGGCACCAUUUUUCUGGUGUGGUUUGGCUUUCUCAUUCCAAAAACUUUUAUGAUACACAUAUGUAUUCUAAUGGGUGUGGAACCUUUUCCAUCAUAACUCUGCCCCAUACACAAUAUCAUUCUACUUUUUUCCUCUGUCUCAAACCCCUCAUUGGGUUUUUUUUCACAACACUGCAAUCUUGAUUUUGACAAAAUGUCACACUGGUGCCAAGUAAGACCUCAGCCAAACCUGAUAUCUAAGAUUAUAUCUUGUCCAUGUGCUUUUGACAGCAAAAUAAUUGUGUCUGAUGAAAAGACUAUCCACAAAUCAACUGUAAAUCUUGUGUGCACUGGUGUGUCUUGGCAACUGUAAGUGGGUGGAGUCUGUGGUUAAAUUGUGUGAAGAAGGAUGUCACGAGUAACCUACUUUCCACUUCUAGAAGACCAAACACAAGUACAACAUGCGA